UUGUGUUAUGUUUUAGGAAUUUGUGACCCUCAAGGACGUGGCCAUGGACUUCACCUUGGAAGAUUGGGAGGACCUGGGGCUGGACCAGGGGGACCUGUUCUGGGACACAGCACUGGACAACUACCAGGAUCUCUUCCUGCUGAACCCCCGAAGCCCCAAUCUGACCUCCCACCUGGAUGGCACGGGAGGGCUGGAGGCCCUGGUGAGAGGAAGCCCAAAAGCAACUGGCCCUGACAUGGUUGAGACCAAUGACUCUCCUCUGGAGCAGGAUUUCUUGGAAGAAGGACUCUACCAGGAGAUUAUGGAGACGCUGUCCAAAGAUGGCCUUUGGAACUCCAAUUUUGGAGAAGAUUGUAUAGGCGAGAGCUGGUUAGAUAGUUUGCUGGGAGAUCCAGAAUGUCUUUUGAGGUCUGACAUUAUCACCAACAAGGGAAGUCCCACAGAAUGCAAGAGUCACGAAUUCAAGAGAGGCCUCAGUCCUGUGUCCCUCCUUUGCACAGGAGAGGACUCUGUGGUGCAUGAUCUUCCUGAAAAGAGCCUCACACCAGCCAAGUCUAAGGAAUAUAUGAGUAACUUUGGCUACUACUCUGACCAAAGCCAGCAAGAUUCUGUCCAGGGAGGGGAAAAACCAUAUAAGUGUAGUGAAUGUGAGAAAAGUUUCAGCCGGAGUUACCAUCUUAUCCAGCACUGGAUUAUUCAUACUAGGGAGAAACCUACUGUGCAUCAAGAGUGUGAGAGAGGUUUCAACCUGAGUUCUUGCCUUUUUGUGCAUCCGAUGACUCACAUGAGUUACAAAUAUGUGUGUAAUGAAUGUGGGAAAACUUUUAGUCAGAAUCGUCACCUUCUACGGCAUCAGAAAACUCACUCUGUAGAAAAACCAUGUAAGAGUCAAGAUGGUGGCCAGUCCCGUCGUGGCACAAGGCCUGUUAAACCUCAUAAAACUUACAUAGGUGGUAGGUUCUUUAAAUGUAAUGAAUGUGGCAAGGCUUUCAACCGGACCUUUCAUCUCACUCAGCACCAGAAGACCCACACUGGGAAACGCUAUGAAUGUGCCAAAUGCCAAGCGACCUUCAACUUGAACAAACAUUUCAUCCAACAUCAGAAAACUCAUGCUGUUAAAGCUACCUCCGACUGUCAGGAGUGUGGGAAGGCCUUCAGGCGGAGUUCCCUGCUCAUAGAGCACCAGGCUGUUCAUACUGGAGAGAAACCUUAUAAGUGUAAUGAAUGUGGCAAACCCUUCAGCCAUACCUCUACCCUAAAGAUCCAUCAGAGGGUUCACUGUGGAGAGAAGCCUUACAAAUGCAGUGAGUGUGGGAAAACCUUCUGCCGAAACACUCACCUUAAUGAACAUCAGCGAAUUCAUACGGGCCACAGACCCCACAAAUGUCAAGAAUGCGUCAAAAGUUUUAACCGGCCCUCACGCCUGAUUCGACAUCUGUCCACUCACACCACAGAAAAGCCCUACAGCUGUGCUGAAUGCAAGAAGACCUUUAGCCAUAAUGAACACCUUGUGCAACACCAGAAAAUCCACACCGUCGAAACCCCCUAUGAAUGUCAGGAGUGUGGAGAACGCUUCACUUGCAGCUCAACCCUGAAUUGCCACCAGAGCGUUCAUGCCAGAGAAAAACAAGGAUUUGAUGUGGGCAGGAAGAUCUUGGAUCAGAACCCAGAACAGAGAGAGCAUCUAAGGCUUGGCGAGAAGUGCUUUAAGUGUAACAAAUGUGAGAAAACCUUUACCCACAGCAAAUACCUAACUCAGCACGAGAGAAUUCACAGCAUCUUGAAGCCCUUUGAGUACGACCAGUGUGGACAAGCCUUUGGCCAGAGUACUCAGCUCAUACAUCAUCAAAGAAUCCACUCUGGGGUGGGGUCACAUGAAUGUGGUGAGCAUGGGAAAGCCUUCAGCAGCAGCACCUCCCUUACUGACCUUCAGUCCUUCCACACAAGCGAGCAUCCCUUUAAAUGUAACAAAUGUGGAAAGACCUUCAGCCAAAGUUCGUGCCUCUCAGAACAUCAGUUAGUUCACACUGGAGAGAAACCCUUUAAAUGUAACAAGUGUGACAAAGUCUUCACCCAGAGUAACUACCUUAUUCAGCAUCAGAAAACUCAUGAUAGAAAGAAGCCCAUUGAGUGUAAAGAAUGUGGGAAAACAUUCCGUCAGAGCUCAUGCCUAUCCAAGCAUCAGAGAGUUCAUCACACAGGGGAAAAGCCCUAUGAAUGUGGUGACUGUGGGAAAGCCUUUAGCCUAGGUGCUGAACUCAUCCGCCACCGGAGAGUUCACACUGGAGAAAAGCCUUAUGUUUGUCAGGAAUGUGGGAAAGGCUUCAGCCAGAGCUCGUGCCUUGUUAUUCACCAGAGAGUUCAUACCGGCGAGAAGCCCUAUGUGUGUAGCCAAUGUGGGAAAGCCUUUGCCCAGAAAGCAAAUCUAACGCAGCAUGAGAGAAUUCACACUGGGGAGAAGCCGUACAUCUGCAAUGUGUGUGGUAAAGCCUUUGGCCUCAGCACCCAUCUCAGUCAGCACCAGAGAACUCACAGCCAGGAGAAACCUUAUCAAUGUCCACAUUGUCAGAGAGCCUUUGGGUGCUGCUCAAGUCUCAGGCGCCAUCAGCGAGUACACAGGUAACAAGCAUCUACACUGCCUGCUGCCACUCGGUGGCAGCAGAGUCCCAGACGUCUGAGACCAUGUUCAUCUGAUGUCAGAAGUUGAAACCAUCACAUUGCAAGCUCCCUCCAAAGAAAUAAGUCUGUUUAUUAAUAAAGAUUUAUUAGAAAGUUUGCACACAUGAGUUUCAUUAAGAUAAUAAAAACAAAAAUUAAGAAGCUGUACAACAGUGGGAUUUAGAGGUGACUCGAGCCAGUCUGCCUGAGUUAAAUCCCACCACUGUCUACUACCUAAGUGACCUUGGGAAAGUUGUAAAAUCUCUCAGGACCUCAGUGUCCUCAUCUGUAAAAUGGGGAUGAUAAGAUUUACCUACCUCAGAUGGCUGUUGUGAGGAUUAAACAAAUGUGAAGCACUUAGAACUGAUGCCCGGCAUAUUAAGUACUCAUCCAGUGUGAGCUACAAAUAUAUGUCAGCUCUAAUACAAAUUUACUCUUUUAUAUUAAAAGAAGAAAAGGA